UUUUUCCUGUGGAAUUUGGUCCCAAGUAUGAUGAUUUCAAGACUUGAGAAGCUACUUCCAGUAUCAAAUUUUCAACAGGCUGCAUUCCUGCUCAGUGAUGUCCCCUCUGUUCUGGAGGAAUGUGUUGAGUCCAUGUCUCACCCUCAGCAGCUGAAAACCCUGCUUCAGUACCACAGAGAUCUCGGCCAGCUGGACAACCAUGAUACUCUGUCUUCCACUGUUGGGGACUGCAUUCUCUCAGCUCUCUGUCUCCCUCCUUUAGAAAGGGUGAUUGCAACAGAACAAACAGAAUCAGGACUGGACUCUGCAACACUGACAGAGUACACAGAGAUGGAACCGGGGACAAGUAUGAAUGUAGUAGAAAGAGAGGAGAGGGUGGAAUGUGAGAGAAACAACAAACUAUCUAUAGAGUUUGCUGACCCUGUGGACAUGGAGGUUCAUGCCGGUAAUGAAGAAGAGAAGGUUGUGGGGAUUGGACCAGUAAAAGAUGAGACGGAAGAUAUUGUUGAAGAGGUGGACUCCAGGUACGAAACAGUGAUGGUUAUUGGGGCAGAUGGGGUGGCGCAGACUUAUGAAGAUUUAAGUGUCAAAAGGAAGAGAUCUUUCAGAAAGCCUCAAAUAAAGACACAUAAAGCCAGUGGAAGUCAUGGAGAACAAAUUACAAGCAUAGACGUGUCUGAUGCGAUCAUAUCCUCCAUGCUUCACAAGCCUUUAGUGAAGCUACAAAGGAUUGACACUACUAACCUGAUGUUGCCCUGUAGACCAGUUAGACAAAGUAAGAUGAAAACAUUGCUAGCACGAGAAUGUAAACAAACCGAGACAGAAUUGACUAAAGAAAAAACAUUAAAGUGCGGUGCAGACAUGAAGCGACACCAGAAAAUCCACACAGGGAAGCGCCCAUUUCAGUGUCUCCAGUGUAGGAAGCGCUUCCAGUGCCAUUUUGAUCUGACGAGACAUCAGCAAAAUAUGUGUAAAGUAGUUGUGUCAAAACCUAAAGGUAAAAGACCAAAGCAGCUCAAUGGAAAUGACGAAAGACCUGAAAUGUUGAACAAGUGUCAUAAGAGUUACAAGGACCCGCAGAGCUUGGAGAAACCGAGACUAAAAUGUGAAAAAAACUCAAAGAAAAGGCGUAGCAGAUCUCCAGCUAGUAAUGAGAAGGACUCUGAGAUGUCCAGUGAAACAGUCCAAAAACCUGAAGGAGGGGACACAGAGUUGGCCAGUGGAACUCCUCUUGAGGCAACACCUGAGGACAGUGACUCAUCCUCCACCAGUACACCCCAAGACCCAUCUUACGAAUCUAACCAGACUGAAAAACGCAAACAGUCAAAAGUGUGCUGCAUUUGUAAAAAACUUUUGCCAAAAUCUUACAGCAUGCAAGUUCACAUGAGAUCCCACUCAGAUCUGCGCCCUCACAAAUGUCCUCAUUGUGGGCAGAUGUUCAAGAACAUCAAUGAUAUGAGAAAGCACAUUGUAAAGAUAGUGUGCAAGGUGCUGCGAGCUGAGUCUGAAGAGGCCCAAGUACAUGCACUCACCCACAGCCCUCUCCACUGCACUGAGUGCAGUAGGAUGUUUGCAGACCCAGAAAAGCUAGACAGGCAUAAAUUGGUGCACAAGCCCUUGAAAUGCACCAUGUGUGAAAACAGCUUCAAUGGUGUCAAGCCACUCAAGAAACACUAUCUGGAUGUCCAUAAAUUCAGCGGGCCAUUCCUCUGCACCUACUGUGAGAAAAGCUACACUGAUUUAGCAGCUCUCCUCAGACACGAGAGGACUCACACCGGAGACCUCCCAUACCAGUGCUCCUACUGUCCAAGGAAGUUCAACUUAUCAGCGGUUGUUGUCGAACACGAGAGAAUACACACAGGAGAGAAACCAUGCCUUUGCUGGGAGUGUGGAAAGGGCUUUAUCAACAAUGCAAAACUGAAAAUGCACAUGCUAUGUGCUCACAGAAAACCUGAAGAUAAACACUUCUCCUGCUCCCAGUGUGACAAAUCUUACACGUUACAAAGGACGUUACAAGGCUAUGUGGCGAGACAUCAUGCUGGGGUGCGUUAUCCAUGCACAUACUGCGGUAAGCUGUUUUUUAGCAUGUCCUCAUUGACAAGGCAUGACCUGAUUCACACUCAGGAGAGGCCUUUUAAAUGCACAGAGUCUGAGUGCGGCAAAAGUUUCAAAUCGAAAUCUGAAGUGAAGGUACACAUGAGAUACCAUACUGGAGAGCGGCCUUUUCAGUGUAAAGUCUGUGGGAAGGGUUUUACUCAAAAUUGUUAUAUCACUCGACACAUGCGAACUCAUACGGGGGAGAAGCCGUAUCCGUGUUCUGUCUGUGGGAGAAACUUUUCUGACUUAAGGGUACGGAAAAGACACAUGAUGACUCACACCGGAGAGAAGCCCUACAAAUGUUUAAAAUGCGAGAAAGCUUUCAGUCGGACAGAACUUUUGAAAGCACAUGACAAGAAAGAACACUGAGCAAAUUCAAGUCAAGAUUAAUAUUUUAGCUUUUAAGUUUUUGCCUAUAGAUGUUAGUUAAAUAUUUUGUCCCACACACGUCUCCAACUCAAUCAUUGUGUUUGCAGACAAGCCCUGGAGAUGAGAGCCCUGAUGGAGUGGUGCCAGGAAAAUAACCUCUCCCUCAACGUGAACAAAACAAAGGAGCUGAUCGUGGACUUCAGGAGACAGCAGAGAGACCACGCCCCCAUCCACAUCGACGGGGCCGCAGUGGAAAGGGUGAAAAGCUUCACGUUCCUCUGUUUGCACAUCACUGAAAACCUGAAAUGGUCCAUCCACACAGACAGUGUAGGGAACAAGGCGCAACAGCGCCUCUUUAACCUCAGGAGGCUGAAGAAGUUUGGCCUGGCCCCUUAGACCCUCACAAUCUUCUACAGAUGCACCAUUGAGAGCAUCCCGAUGGGCUGUAGAUAGGCUGACUGAACCACAAUCUGGAGAGCCAAACACAUCACUGGGGGCACACUGCCUGCUCUCCAGGAUAUCUACAGCACCCGGUGUCACAGGAAGGUCAAGAAGAUCAUCAAGGACCUCAGCCACCCGAGCCACGGCCUGUUCACCCCCCUACCAUCUACAACAGGAUUUCCCAAACUCUGUCCUCGGGACCUCAAGUGGUGCAUGUUUUGGUUUUUGCCCUAGCACUACACAACUGAUUCAAAUAAUCAGCCAAUCAUCAAGCUUUGAUAAUUUGAAU